UCAGUAUUCGAAUACUCUUUUAACAGAACUAACGUGCAGACCGGUGUACGAGAAUAAGAAGGGAGAAAAAAAUCCACACCUGCAUAAUACUUCAACGUUUCACAAGAACACUUUUAAUUAAAUUAAUAAAACAUCAAUGAAAGUCAACAGAAAGUGGGACAAACUCAGUGGAAAAGUUUAGUUCGUUUAGCUAUUAACAAUUUAAGCAAAAACAAGGGCACUUCCCCUUCGACUUUUUCUAGCAACCGCCGUCGGAAUUAUUUUUCUGCCAGCACACGACAGAAAAAGAAAUAAAGAUGGCCAUCUUCGAAGAUGCAGACAAUUUUGCGGAUAUAUUCCGUGGUGGAUUGCCUUACUACUUACUCUUGGCAUUGCCCAUUAUGAUUAUCUGUUCGGCUAAUCCCGUGUUGGCCUCCAGCGAAUUUAAUGUUCAGCGAAUGUCCCAAUUCGAUGUCAAUGGUGUUUCUUAUGGCUGCCGUGCUUCUGCUCUAUCCUUGGAGGCCAAAUCAUUGUAUACUUGGAGCACAUCUAGGCAUUGUGUUGUUGCCAAAUUUCAAGAUGUAACUAUUGAUCAAUUCAAAGAGAUUAGGCAAAAGGCCGGAGGUUUAGUUCUACUUUUGCCACAAAAUGUCUCAACAAUGUCCAGCGAAGACAAAGAGCACUUGAAUUUGUUGGAACAAGCCAUGAUGACUCAGUCAAUUUCUGUACCCGUAUAUUUUUCACAAUACAACACAGAAUUGGAAAAAAUUGUCAAUGAUAUUAGUCGUAAUACUGCCUCAGCGAACAAUAAGAAAAAUUCACGUGACAAUUCCGCUUUAAAUGAAGUGUUCAAUUCGAUUUCGGCAAAUGGCUAUCAAAUCAUUGUAACCGGUGCCAGUCACGCCAACAAUAAAAACAGUAAAAUUCCCAUUGUCCAGGGAGAAUUGGCCCCAGCAGCAAAAUUCAGCAAGGCCAACAAUAACGAAGAUCUCAACAGCAAGUUACCAUUGAUAAUUGUGGCUGGUCAUUUGAAUACCUUUGGUAUCUACAAUGAAUACCCCACAAAUGUGGAUGCGGCCAUAUUAAUGACUUUGGCAGAUUUGUUUAGUAAAUUACACAAUACUGCCAAUGCCGCACCAAAAUACCGUCUACUCUUCUUGUUAUCGGAAUCUGGACCAUUGCUAAAUUUCCAAGGUGCCAAGAAAUGGUUAGAUGAAAAUGUUCAAUUGCAGAAUGUGGACUUUGUUUUGUGCCUGGAUAGCAUAACUCAAACAUUAAAUGCUGACAAUGGAGAUCAACAACUGUAUAUGCAUGUUUCCAAGCCUCCAAAGGAGAACACUCCCAUGAAUGUGUUCUUCAAACACCUAAAGAAAGCCGGCCAAAAAUAUCAAAAUGUCACUGUUGAGGGAGUUCACAAGAAAAUCAAUUUAGCCGAUCAGCAAUUAGCCUGGCAACAUGAACGUUUCAGUAUCAAACGUCUAUCAGCUUUUACUUUGUCUGCAUUGAAGACACCAAAACAUCCUACACGCACCACCAUAUUCAGUGAUGGUGAAGAAGAAGUACUGGAGAGAGCUCAACUUAAUGCCAAAAUCAUUGCCGAAGCUUUGGCCCGUUAUGUUUAUGGAGAUAACAACAAUGCAGCUGUGGAUAGUGACGAUCUGGAGGUCUUUGCUGGUGCCAUGCAAAUUACACCCAAGCUUAUUAAAUCGUACUUAAAUCUUAAAUCCGCCUUACACAAUAACGACCUCAAAAAUGCAUUUGAAAAGUAUCUUAAAAAUGUCAAACUCAUCUACGACAAACCUGAUGCUCGUGAACCCGACUUCAUGUUCUACGAGGGAGCCUAUGCCAAUUUGAAUGUUUAUCGUGUUAAGCCUGCUGUAUUCGAUUUGUUCUUAACAAUUUUAAUUUGUGCUUAUUUGUUCUCGGUUUACUUUGUCAUUCAGUACUUCCCCACAAUGUAUCAGGUAUUUUGUAAAUUGUCGGUCAAAUCGCCCGAAUCAUCACCAACACAUUACAAUAAUGUUGAACGCAAUAACAAAAGUAAAAUUAACUAAAAACAACUGAAGGGGGACGUAGAAAACACAAAGUAUGAUGAGACUAUGAGGAGUCCCCAUGUAACAAAAUUUAAAUAUAUAUAAAAAACUAUAAAAAAUUAAAUUGUUUUCGAUGACUUCUAGCGUUUUUAGUUUAGAGAAUUUUUUUGUGUGUGCAUACGAAUAUAAUAAUAAUGUAAAAUAUAUUUAAAUAGAAUAAAAACAAAAUGAAGUUACAGAGUAAAAAAA